CCCACCACUACACCACACCCAACCACCAUCACCAGCUGCACACUACCACCCCGUUCUUCACAACACCUCUCGCGAUGGUCACGAUAACUCAAGAGGGCAACCUCUCCGCGCCCCUCUCAAACGCACUCUUCCAGGACCUCAAGUUCUGGAUAUCGCUCAUGGUCCCGUGCCGGGCAACUCUCAUUGCCGACAUCAAGGUCAAUGGAGGACUGGUCUCACAAGUCGAGCGGGACGCGGACUACUGCAUCUGGGACCACGCGCGUAUCAGCGUCAUGACCGACCGGCCGAUGUACUCGUACACGUUCGUCCUCGAAUCGAUCAAACGCGGGCGGCUCGAGGACCCCGAGAAGCAUUUGAUCGACCCGAGUGUAAUCCGACCCAAGAAAUCAACAUUGACGGGGGCAGCGUCGGGGUCGGCGGCGAAAUUCAGAGCUACACAAAGUCACGCUGGGCGGAGGAGGACCCUGUUUACCACCGAAGAGGACCUGAUCCUGCUGCGCACUAUCUCGCAGCCGGGAACCGCCCUCAAUGGUAACAAAAUCUAUAAGACACUGGAGUAUAACUACCCCGCGAGGACUAUGCAUAGCUGGCGCGGUCGCUGGGUGGAUCACUUUUCGAAAACGAAUCCUGAUCCUGAGUGGUGGUAUAAGAGGCUGUUGGCUGGGCAGAAGGGGAAGGGUGUGGUUCAGGAGGAGGAUGGUCCGGGCGAAGAGCAUGAGGGAGAGGAGGAGGAGGAGGAACCGGUGAACCCGACGAAAGAGGUUAUUGCAGCGCGGCCAAAAGUCGUGCCGAAAUCGAAUCUGAACCGAAAUAAAUCGAAGAGCAUGCCAAGCUUGGGCGAUGAUUUUACACAACACGAUGACGAUAUACUCAUGGCCUACCACUCGACCGUCGUGAAAGCCGAAGAUCCUCUAGAGGCCUGGGAGAAGCUCGGCGAAAUGCACCCUCACCAUCCAGCGUCGAAAUGGCGCAAGCGGUACAACGCUGUCAUCCUGCCCCGGGUCCGGAGCGGGGAGGAGUGGAACCCACAAGAGUCUACCUCAAUAUCUCGGAAUCCACCGCCGUCCAGCCCGCCACGGCUUCCUAGUCCUCGCAGGCGCUCACAUCCCCUGGCACAGACAAGCACCGCCGGCGAACGCAGCGCGAAGCCGACGCCGCGGCCAAUUUCUCCCGUGAGGUCAACACCACCCCCGCCUGGCGUGCGGAAUGCCGCCUCUUCCUCUUCCAAACAUGAGAUCCCAUCGCGAUGGCACACCGAAGCUCCUGGUCUGACAUCUGUGCCCGCAACCGAUGCCCCAACCGUGACCUCGCCACACACCGAUGCCGAUGCCGACACCGCCAAACCCAGUAAACGCAAGCGCAUCCGCCCCAUUCCCGCCCGCUUCCCGCUCACCACCGAGAUUCCCUCGACCCCUGAGCGCGGCCACCGCCACAAACAACAACGGCGCCGUGAACCCUCGCCAGAACUAGGCACCUCAACGGCAGUCUCUGGAGACUCUCACCUAUCGUCUCCACACAGCGUGGGCGGCGACCCCAUCACCAGACCGCCCCUGCCGUCGUCGCCGCUAUUCAACCCGGCCUCUUCCCCUCUAUACAACCCCCGCUCGUCAUCACCCGACCCGGACCUGGACCUGAAAAUCCCCUCGCUCCCUAGCUCGCCAAAUCUCGCAGUCUUGAGACCUAGUACUCCAGACGAUGAGCUAGAUGCAUACCUCAUGGUUCCACCACUCGCAUCUCCCACCCCCUCGCCCACGCCCUUGCAAGGAGAAGAAGAAGUCGACGAAGAAGAAGAAGACGAACUAGAAUCCCAACACGAAACCCUCUCCGCCUUUGUCACGCGCAUGAAGGCGCGCUUCCCGGGGCUGACGGGCCCGCGGAUUGCGUGGGCGCUGAAGCGCACCUCGGCGGACAAGCACCUGGCGGAGAUCGUGAUAGCCGCGCACAUGCGUGGCGAGGGCCUACCCGCGAUGCGCGGAGUGUGGAGUGAAGACGAGGACGCGGUAGUGAUGGGGCGCGAUAGUAGAGCGCUCCAGCGACUCGCCGAGGACCGCGGCGAGGAGUGGGAAUACCGUCUCAAGUUUCUCGAGGAGUGGGAGAGGAGUAAACCCGAGACUAGGAGGAGUACUGUUUGAUUUUUGAUUUUGAUACCUACAUAGGACUAUACUAUGAUUUGUAGCGCUUGUAGUUUUAACUUUGGGCGAGGCUCGCGAGGCAUGGAGCACCAUAGGGUGGGAGCUUCAUUUAAAAUCGUAAAGUUU